UCUCCUUGUUAUCUCCAAUGCGCUGGCAUGACUGGCAGAGCGACUUCCUCCUCCUGCCUCCUCCCUCCGCUCACCACUCGUGAAGCGCUGCAUUCUGGUUACCUAGGUAUUCAUUGAGUAGCUGCAAACAUGGCUUCGAAUUCAAGCCAACAAACCAAGAAUGAGAAGUUUGGUCACCUGCCUCUCUCUACUUCCGGACCUCAGAAGACCACUCUGACAGGAAAUGCUCUUCUUAGAACUCCAUACUUCAACAAGGGCACCGCCUUUACAUCCGAGGAGCGCGCAACGUUUCAGCUGCAUGGACUUAUACCCGACAAUGUCCAGACUCUCGACGGGCAAGUACGGCGCGCAUACGAGCAAUACAAGUCACGGCCCAGUGAUAUCGCAAAGAACACCUUCAUGACGAGUCUGAAGGAGCAGAAUGAAGUUCUGUACUACAGGUUGAUCCUCGAUCACCUCAAAGAGAUGUUCUCGAUCAUCUAUACACCAACCGAGGGUGAAGCCAUUGCCAACUAUUCGAGGCUCUUUAGGAGAGCGGAGGGCUGCUUCCUCAACAUUGGCGACGUGGAUCGAGUUGAAAAUGACAUUAGGCAAUGGGGUAAUCCCGAGGACAUUGAUCUCAUUGUGGUCAGUGAUGGCCAGCAGAUCUUGGGUAUUGGGGACCAGGGUGUUGGCGCUAUCCUUAUCAGUGUCGCUAAACUGGUCAUCUACACAUUGUGCGCCGGUAUACAUCCGUCGCGCACACUACCUGUAGUACUAGACUGCGGUACAGAUAACAAGGAGCUGCUUGAUGAUGAUCUCUACCUUGGUCUGCGAAAGCCUCGUGCCACUGGUGAAGAGUACGACAAUUUUGUUGACACUUUCGUCAAAGCCGCAAGGAAGCAUUAUCCGAAAGCGUACAUCCAUUUCGAGGACUUUGGCCUGAAUAACGCAAGAAGAAUCCUUGACAAAUAUACACCUGAAAUCGCUUGUUUCAACGACGAUGUACAAGGGACAGGCUGUGUCACGCUGGCGGCGAUCAUGGCGGCGUUCAAAGUCAGCGGCACCAAGUGGGACGAUGCACGCUUCGUUAUGUUUGGCUCUGGUACUGCAGGUACAGGCAUUGCGGAUCAGAUCAAGGACGCUAUAUCGCAGCGCACAGGUAAAUCGACAGCGGAGGCGGCGAAACAGAUCUGGUGCGUAGACAAGCCAGGUCUUCUACUAGAAGGGAAGAAGGACCAGCUUACACCAGCACAAGCCGGAUAUGCUCGCAAAGACAGCGAGUGGGAAGGAAAAGAUCACGGCGACCUGCUCUCUGUAGUAAAAGAAGUCCAGCCGCACGUGCUGAUCGGCACAUCGACUAAGCCUGGUGCUUUCACCGAAGAGGUUGUGAAAGAAAUGGCGAAGCACGUUGAGCGUCCAGUCAUCUUCCCGCUAUCAAAUCCCACAAGAUUACACGAAGCCAAACCUCAAGAUCUGUACGACUGGACCGAUGGUCAGGUACUAGUCGCUACUGGCUCGCCUUUCGAUCCUGUCCAGCACAACGGUAAAGAGUACGAGAUCUCCGAGUGUAACAAUUCCGUAACCUUCCCCGGCAUUGGUCUUGGUGCGGUUCUCAGUCGCACCCGCCUCAUGACACCAGCGCUCCUCGUUGCGGCCGUCGAAGCACUAGCAGCCGCGGCCCCGGUUGUCACCGGCUCCGGCUCGGGCCUUCUUCCCGAUGUGGUCGAUGUUCGUGAAAUCAGUGUCAAAAUUGCAAGAAGCGUCAUCAAGAAAGCUGUCGAGGACAACUUGGCUCAAGAAGAGCACAUCCCCAACGACGACGAUGAGUUGGAAGAAUGGAUCCGUGAACAAAUGUGGAAUGCAGAGUACAGACCAUUGGAGUUGGUUAAUGAUAGUAGGGCAGGUGCUCACGCCAAGGGUGAGAUGGGUACGGGCAGUCAGCAGCGGAAAGCAAAACCUUGAGCUUAUCUGUGUUGUACAGAUACGAGAUUAAGAUUACUGUAAUGCAAAUCUAAUAGUUUGUUGAAAUCCGUCUGCCAGCAAUCCAUACCACAUCCAUCUUGCGCGUUCCUCAGAUUUACGUAGCAUCGUUACAAUUUUGCAUGUAAAGAUGCGAUCGUCCUGUUCUCGUAUUCUGGAACUUCCAAGACCAGCCAAGAGGUCUGGCUUUCCAU